CGGAGAUCUACGAAAUUACGGGAAUUUACCCUACACAUAUCCAUCAUCAACCAAGAAGGAAUUUUUGUUGUUGCUAUCAACUCUAGAUAAUCUAAAACGCAAAGAUGGGCGAGAAUACAACAGUGGAAUUUGUCUGGGUUCAUUUCACGACCCACUAUAUCACUCACGAAGACAACCACACGCUGGCCAUCAGUGGAUCCAUUCCACAACUGGGAUCGUGGAAUAUUGAGCAAGCUGCUGUAGCAGCUGAAAAUCCAAAACAUCCUGGAGAAUGGAUUACCUCCAUCGAGAUUCCCGCUGAUUCAAGAUUUGAAUGGAAGUGGGUCGUGAUUUCACGGGACACGAUGUCAGUAUGCAGAUGGGAGGAGAGCUCAAAUCGGGUCACGGAACUUGACGGAAAGUAUUACAAAUGUCACGCCCCCUGGAACAACAAUGCAGAGUAUGAGAUUAUUCCAAAUGUUCCUGGUAUGUAUGUUUCAAUUUUAUGCCUAUCGUGUUUUGAUAUUCCGAUUCUAACUAAUCAUUAAAAUUGUAUGCAUCAUGAGUUUCUGAAGUCUAGUUGCAGAACUGUAGCUCUUUAAGUAAAGUUUCAUGGAGGUGGAGCAAC